GUCCAAAGAUUGAGUUAGGCGAAAAGAAAAAUCGGAAAAUAGGCGCAUUUCGCAAAGCAAAGAAAAAAAUGACACAAUUUGACCUCCAACCUGGUACCUUAUAGCGGUCGGCCCGCGGGUGCGUAUAACCCAUUUUUCACACCGAGUCAGAGUCAAAGUGGGUCGACCCGCGGGUCAACCCGCGGGUUGACAACCUUGGAUACCGUCUACACUCUAACCUGCAACAUACAGAUCGAUCUAAUCUGCGAUUUUUGUUACGAUCCGCUCUAUAUUUAUUUGUUGACAUGAACUAAUAUCGCUAUAAUUACGACCUAUAAUUUCCUGUAAGAACGCAGAAGCCACACAAGAGUUCCACCAUACCAACCAAAAUUUACCAUUUCCUUGUGCUAUGAAUUUACACGCUUGGGGAAUGAGUCCAAGCCAAAUAGACUAUGUUAAAGAACCGGGCAACCAUGGAAAAAUAGCGCCAAAACCCUAAUUUAAUAAUUUGAAGUAGGUAUAUUUCUGUUGAAAAUUCAAUUAAUCCCAAUUAGAACCUAGACUAAUUACACUUUGGUCAACCAAAGAACUGAUCAACCCCUCUAAUGGUCUAAUCUCAUAUAAAUCCCUCCCUCUUUUUCCCCUAAUCCAGAUUUUCAGUUAAUUACUUGCAACACAAAACAGAGAAUGAAAAUGGCAGAGACAACUCUGCCGCUCAUAACCGCUACUAAUCUCUUCCUCCUUCUGCUAGUAACUUCCCUCUCACCGUCUUCCCCCAACGUGAUCGACGACGACUGCUCCGACCGAUGCGGCAACGUCACGGUGCCGUACCCUUUCGGAAUCGGCGACCAGAAGUGCGCAAUCUCCCCUGCUUUCCUCUUCAACUGCAAUUCCUCUGCCUCCCUGGUGUUCGGGAGGAACAUCCCGGUCACCAACAUCUCCAUCGAUGAAGGCACCUUCACCGGCGUCAUGCCGGCCGCGGCCAGAUGCUACAACCAGUCAGGUUUGAUGGCGGAGUACACCAAGCGGCCGACCAUCACGCUCGGCGGCGGGCCGUUCCGAUUCUCCGACGUCCACAACAAGCUCACUGCCUUCGGCUGCGACACCAUGGCCUUCAUGAGCGACAGAGCGGGCAGCUUCGGCAGCGGCUGCGUGUCGCUCUGCGACCGCGUCUCCGCCGCGAACUCGUCGCGGCGGAUCGCGGACGCGAACUCGGAGGUCUGCUCCGGGAUCGGGUGCUGCCAGAGCUCGAUUCCACAAGGAUUGAAGACGAUGAACUUCACGGUGGCUAGCCCGGGGAACCACAGCAGGAUCCUGGACUCGAAUCCUUGCGAUUUCGCUUUCUUGGCCGACGUGAGGGUUUUCGAAUUCGGGGAGGUGGAGCUGGCGGAGUUUCCCGAGAGGAAUCCGAGCAAUUCGAGGACGGCGAUCGAGUGGGUGGUGGAGGAGAAGACUUGCGAACAGGGGAGGUCGAAUUCGAGCUCGUACGCUUGCCGCGAGAAUUCGGAUUGCGUUUACUCCGAGAACGGAGAAGGUUACAGGUGCUUGUGCAAGCCUGGGUUCACCGGAAACCCUUACCUUGGUUGCCGAGACAUUGAUGAGUGUGCUGAGCCAGAGAAGUUCCCCUGCCAUGGAAGUUGCAAGAACAGAGAUGGCGACUACAGUUGUAGCUGUCCAGUUGGAAUGCGUGGUGAUGGCAAAGUCGCUUGCCAAGGGUUUCGUGUUACCGCCAUUGCUGCAGUAUCCGGAGGCAUUAUCUUGCUGUUCACAAUCAUUCUUCUGGCCUUCAUCCUCUACAACCGAAGAAAGAAGGAGAAGAACUUCUUACUCAACGGUGGAUUGCUACUAGAGCACCAAAGGGUGAGAAUCUUCAAGGAAUCAGAGCUCUCCAAGGCAACCAAAAACUACGACGCCUCCCACUUCCUCGGCGAAGGAGGAUUUGGCCAUGUCUACAAAGGAAUCCUGCCGGACAACACCCUCGUCGCAAUCAAGAAGCCCAAAGACUCCAUCGACAAGGCUCAAACCAUCAACCAAGAAUUCCAGCGCGAGAUCGCCAUCGUCUCGCAAGUCAAUCACAUUAACGUAGUCAAGGUGGUAGGACUCUGCCUCGAGACCAAGCUCCCGCUCUUGGUCUACGAGUUCAUCCCCAAUGGCACCCUCUUCGACCACAUUCAUAAACAGAGGUCCAAGGCGAUGUCCACCUGGAAACAUAGGUUGAGGAUCGCGACGGAGAUCGCUCAAGCGCUCGAUUAUUUACAUUCCCUGGCGAACCCACCGAUCAUCCACGGGGAUAUCAAGUCGACCAACAUUCUCCUCGACGAGGAUUUCAGGGCCAAAGUCUCCGACUUUGGUGCCUCUGUUCUGAUUUCGCCCGACCAAACGGCCGCCAUGUUUAAUAAGAUCCAAGGCACGUUGGGCUAUCUCGAUCCGGAGUAUCUGGUGACCGGUAAUCUCACUCCGAUGAGCGACGUGUACAGCUUUGGAGUGGUCAUGGUCGAGCUUCUGACAGGGGAGAAGCCUUACUCUGGCACCUCGGUGAGAACAGGGGAGAAGAUUAAUUUGAUUCAGUAUUUUUUGAAUUCGAUGACGACGGGGAUGAACUUGGGGAAGAUUGUAAAAUUCGAGGUUGUUCACGAAGGGGAAAUGGAGGAGAUGGAGGCGUUUGCUGAGGUGGCGCGGCGGUGCUUGAGCUUCAGCGGGAUGAAGCGGCCGGCGAUGAAGGAGGUGGCGGAGGAGCUUGGACGGCUGAGGAAGUUGAAUGAGAAUUCAUUGGGGUCUAAUCGGAACGGUGGGGAGGAGACGGAGUAUUUGUUGAGGAAGAGUACCGAUGGCGAAUCUUGUUCUUUGUCGUUUAGUGGGUAUUCGGAAGUUUGGACAGGGACGACGGAAGAGCAACCGCCGACGGGAACUCAUAGCAUCGUUGCGUUAGAUAUGGAAUCGUAUGAGAUUUCUCGAUGAUGAUGAUGAUGAUAGCAUAGCAUGCACCCACUUUAGAAUUUUGUUGGGGUAAUAUUAUAUGGAGAAUCAUGUAUUGACUGGUUUUACAAUUUUGAAUUUAAAGGUGACCAUAUGUUAUGUUAUGUGAUUUAACGACCAAGUCGUUGCCUAUUCAUGUUCAUCGUGCCUCUAAAAGAGAACGAGACAUGAAACAAUUAACGACCAGCUAGGCUGCUACUGUGCUACAGCCUACCAGCGAAGAGGUUGAAGAUAGGGCUGCAAAUGAGCCGAGUUACUUUUUUUUUUUGCAUAAAAGGAGGCCAGAAGCCAAGAGAAGGAGAUUACAGGCGAGAGGAGGGGGAAGAAGAAGUAGCUACAACUCUGCGCUCGAAAGCGAUACCCACGAGAUCAUCCUGAAGAAUCGAAGCUAGUCCAUGAGGCGGGUUCACAAGCUCAUGCAUACCGUAGGGAUAGACGAGACUGUGCUUCGAGCAGUCCGCGGCUCUAUUCCCUUCUCGGUAUGUAUGAGUGAUGUUCACCAACCAGUUCUGUCCUAGCUUCCUACGAAUAGCCGCAAGCAAGGUAGCAUAAGGGUGUACAUGAGCCGAGUUACUUGCGAGUGGCUCGACAAGACCCAGACCAUCAACCAAGAAUUCCAGCACGAGUUGGCCGGCCAUCGUCUCGCAAGUCAAUCAUAUCAAUAGGUGGAGAACAGCUUUCCGACAAUGUACGAGAAGAGCUGGACCACAGGUGUGAAUUGGACGGUGCAGAGUGAUUCGAGUUGUACAGCACGGAAUGUAGAAGAAAGACGACAAAUAUUG